AACCGGAUUCCUUCUUUGCUCUCACUCCACAAGCAGUCGUCCUCGUGACAAAGCCAACUCGAAAAUGCGCUCCGCUCUCCUUGUCAUAGCUUCGGCCACCAUUUGGUCCGUCGUCGCUGCAGCCCCAGUAGACGCGCGUGAGGCCCAGCCGAGGGAGCUGUCCCCUCCAGGAACUUUCGCUAAGAGGGAGAAGGCCGAGCCCCUCUAUAAGGAGUCGGUGCUCAUCAAGAAGGGCGAGGAGGACAACAGGAAGCGCGAGGAUUUGUAUGUUGGCGACGGCCUGUACGGACUCCGACUUCUGGUGAAGAAGGACGGUCAAGAAAUGCCGGAGUCAGCCAAGCGCGAGGAUUUGUAUGUUGGCGAUGGCCUGUACGGACUCCGACUGCUGGUCAAGAAGGACGGUCAAGAAGUGCCGGAGUCAGCCAAGCGCGAGGAAUUAUAUGUUGGCGACGGCCUGUACGGGCUCCGACUGCUGGUCAAGAAGGAUGGCGAGGAGGCCAAGUAAGGAGCGCUGUCUUGCAUGUUCCGUACAGAGUUAUGAUAGCAGACUUAUACUAAGCAGUCCCCUCCUCCUAGUAUUAGUUUAGAAUUCCUGAUUAGUCAUAAUUCUUAACGCUAUUAUACUUCUAUCGAGAUUUACG